AUGACUCAAGCCGAUAACUCAGACACCGUCCAGGAUGAGUACGAGGACAUGCCUGGUGGCCCCGGGGCACCGAUUCCAGUGUCGCAGUUGGUGGGGCUUGCAGGUUUGACCGAUAGAGACAUAAAGCUCGUGGUUGAGGGCGGAUUUCACACCGUUGAAUCAAUAGCAUAUACUCCGCGACGGACGCUUGAGCAGAUCAAAGGGAUCUCAGAGGCCAAGGCGUCUAAGCUUCUGAACGAAGCAAUGAAGCUGGUCCCCAUGGGCUUCACCACGGCGACCGAAAUGCAUGCACGGAGAAGCGAGCUCAUCUCCAUAACUACCGGCUCGAAGAACCUCGAUCGUUUACUGGGAGGGGGUGUCGAGACUGGCUCCAUUACCGAGAUCUUUGGCGAAUUCAGAACAGGAAAGAGUCAGAUAUGUCACACAUUAGCUGUUACUUGCCAAUUGCCCUUUGAUAUGGGUGGCGGAGAAGGCAAAUGUCUUUACAUCGACACCGAAGGCACAUUCAGACCUGUUCGUCUGCUUUCAGUGGCCAAUCGUUAUGGCUUAGAGGGCGAAGAGGUGCUCGACAAUGUGGCAUACGCCCGAGCGUACAACUCUGAACACCAACUGCAGCUUCUGCAGCAGGCGUCACAGAUGAUGUGUGAAACACGGUUUUCACUCCUCAUCGUCGACUCUGCCACGUCAUUGUACCGAACUGACUACAAUGGUCGAGGCGAACUGUCGUCCAGACAGUCCCACAUGGCCAAGUUCUUGCGCACUCUCCAGCGGCUGGCAGACGAAUUUGGAAUCGCAGUGGUCAUCACGAAUCAAGUGGUUGCACAGGUCGACGGCGGGCCAAGUGCGAUGUUCAAUCCAGACCCCAAGAAACCCAUUGGCGGUAAUAUCAUUGCUCACGCAAGUACCACGCGACUGAGUCUGAAGAAGGGACGAGGUGAAACUCGUAUUUGCAAGAUCUACGACAGCCCGUGUCUGCCCGAGAGCGACACCUUGUUCGCCAUCUAUGAACAUGGCAUUGGCGACCCUCAGCCGAAAGACGAUAAAGAGUGA